AAAUCUUCAGAUAAACAGGCAUCACCUCCACCACUGAUAUUCACCCCAACCACAUCCAAACCAUAUCCACUAUGUCCAACCCCAGCGUGAAGAUCAGAGAAAUCGAGCGCGAUGCCAUCGACUUCUACUUCCUGGACAUGGACCUUGCACUCGCGAACAGUUUGCGCCGCGUGAUGCUCGCGGAAAUCCCCACCUUGACCAUCGACUUGGUGGAGAUCGAAAUCAACACCACGGUGCUCGCGGAUGAGUUUCUCUCGCACCGUUUGGGGCUCAUUCCUUUAGAUAGUGUUGACAUCGAACACUUGGAGUACACGCGUGACUGCACGUGCGACGAGUACUGCGAAAAGUGCUCGGUGAUUCUCGAACUCGACGCCAAGUGCACGGACGACCUGACGUUAUCGAUCUAUACGCGCGACUUUAUCGUGCACAAGCCGAACGACCAGACCAACUUGGGCGAGCCUGUGGUGAGAGACCCAGCCGGACGGGGUAUUUUGAUUGCCAAGUUGAGAAAGAACCAAGAGUUGAAGCUUAAAUGUAUUGCGAAGAAGGGGAUUGCCAAGGAGCACGCAAAGUGGUCGCCGUGUUCUGCUGUCGCGUUCGAGUACGAUCCAUACAAUAAAUUGAAGCACACGGACUACUGGUACGAGGAGGACGCCGUGGAGGAAUGGCCCGCCUCUGAGAACUGCGAGUGGGAGGAGCGUCCUAUGGAGGACGAGGCGUUCAAUUACGCCGCCAAACCAGAGCAGUUCUACAUGAACGUGGAAACUGUCGGCUCCUUGGACCCAAAGCAGGUUGUCACCCGCGGGAUGGAGGUGUUGCAGAAGAAGUUGGCCGCGGUCGUGCUAGCCCUUGGGGACAUUAACGACGGGAGAGUCCAGCGCAAGGAUGACGCCGGUGGGUUUACCACUUACGGCCAGCGCACUGACUAUGAAGCCGGAGCGAACUCCGCAUAUGGCGGUACCUCUGCGUACGCCGGCGGCCAGAGUGCCUAUGGGCAGGGCUUUGGCUAUUAAACAUGUAUAUUAAUUAAGGUCUAGGCUUAUUUUUUUUCCUUCGGGAGGGGGUUUCACGCAGAACGAGUCGCUCGUCGUGGCAGGGAGUGUUUUAGAGAUCUAGCUGGUUGUGUUUAAUCGCAGAAGGUUAAUGAUUAGAAGGAUUGGUUGGUAUUUAAAUGGCGUUGAGGUAGAGCAGCAUUCAACGUCGGGUUGUGUUCUGAUUCAUGAAGCAAAAAUUAGCCGAGUGUUUUAGACUCUUAGGAUGAGGUUCGGGUAGAUCUGGUUUGGUUUACCUUAAUUAUAAAGCUGCUAGAAUCGUCGGUUUCGGCUCGGAUUUAUCUUUGCUAAUUUCACCUAUUGAGACC